AUGGCGGCCCCCGUGCUUGCCGGUGCGUUGAGAGCAGCAUCAGGAAUCUUAAGGCCCCUGAAUGUUUUGGCGUGUUCAGCCUAUCGAAACUCUGCCAACAGUGCCUGUCUUAGUUCUGCACUGUCCACCCGACAUCUUAGUCAUAUUCAGACUUCAGUUGUUUCCUCUGCGCCCAGACUUAUAACAUCUGUCAGAAACCUUACAUGGGGGCAUACUGGAACAGUCCUCAAUAGAGUGGCCCCCCUGCUUCCAGAUGUCCUGAAGCUACCAGUCAGAACUGUAACAUACUUCAGUGCACGCAAAGGCAAGAGAAAGACUGUGAAAGCUGUCAUUGAUAGGUUUCUUCGACUUCAUUCUGGCCUUUGGCUAAGGAGGAAGGCUGGUUAUAAGAAAAAAUUAUGGAAGAAGACAGCUGCAAGAAAAAGGCGCCUGAGGGAAUUUGUGUUCUGCAAUAAAACCCAGAGUAAACUCUUAGAUAAAAUGACGACGUCUUUCUGGAAGAGGCGAAACUGGUAUGCAGAUGAUCCUUAUCAGAAGUAUCAUGACAGAACAAACCUGAAAGUAUAGCCCAGAAGUAUUGAUUUCUCAGUUAUUGAAUAUGCAUCUUUGUGUAUAUGAUGUCUUUGCAAAAAUGAGUAAGUAGAAAACUUGAUGUAAGUUUUACUAACUGAUACGGAAAUAAAGUACUGACAUUAAACUUA